AUGUUGAGGGAUAAGAAGAGGAUAUGGGAACUGAUCGACGCGGGCAUCAGCGCAGGUGUUGUGCAGCCCCUCAACCGUACUCUGUAUGACCACAACCAAUGCGAAGAAGCCUUUCGUUUUAUGGCCAGCGGUCGACACGUCGGCAAAGUUAUCGUCAAAAUCCGAGACGAAGAGCCCUUCAAACAAACCUUUCAUUUUAAUGCCGUCAAAAUGGCGGCCAUUCCUCGGACGGUAUUCUUCUCACACAAGACAUAUAUAAUUACCGGUGGUUUGGGAGGAAUGGGUUUAGAGAUCAUUGAUUGGAUGCUCGAGAGGGGGGUUCAAAGGUUUGUGGUCACCUCGAGAUCUGGUCCUAAACACCCGUAUCAAUACUGGCGGCUCAAGUAUUUCAAAGACACUGGCAUUGAGAUAGUUGUGUGGACUCAACCGAUUGAUUCCGUGAGUGAUGCCAAAGAUCUGUUCGUCGAGGCCAUGAAAUUGGGUCCAAUCGGCGGUAUAUUUCACUUAUCAUUAGUAAUAAGUGACGGCUUUUUAGAAAAUCAGUCGAUCGACUCGUUUAGCAAAGUGUUUGAAUCGAAAUCCAAACCAUUGGUACAUUUGGAUCAUGUGUCGCGACAAAUGUGUCCACAAUUGGAUCACUUUGUGGUGUUUUCAUCGGCGGUCACAUGGCUUGGAAACGCGGGUCAAAGUAAUUACGGCUUCACUAACGCCGUGAUGGAGAGACUGUGCGAACAGAGACAACGCGAGGGUUUGCCGGCUCUGGCCAUCCAAUGGGGUCCAGUCGGUGACGUCGGUUAUGUGGCCGACAAUAUCACAACCAAUGACUAUACAGUAGGCGUCGCGCGUUCGCAGCGCAUGUAUUCAUGCUUACAAACGUUGGAUCAGUUGCUCGAGUCUGGUGUCACCAUCUGUUCCAGUGUUGUCUUCAGAGACAAGAAGACAAGUAAAUGUGAUUCGUUGGCCGAUUGUAAGGAUCUGUUGACAGCGGUGUCCCGUAUAUUAGGCUUAGCGAAGUGUAACGCGAAGACAAGUUUAGCAGAACUGGGAAUGGAUUCACUGCUAAGCGUUGAGACCAAACAAGUCUUCGAACGGGACUUUGAGUUAGUUUUGUCCACUCAGGAGAUCCAGAACUUGACGAUUGAACGCAUCCGACAGAUCAGUCUAUCGUCGCCGACGGCCAGUAGUGGUGUCGCGACGAAGACAUCGGCAGAGAUGGCGAUCACUCAGCGACCGACCAAAACUCACAAUAUAACCGAUACAACCGUCGUGUCGGCCGAUAAACAAGUAUUUCAUAUACCAAUAGAACGAGUCGUUUAUCUCAAUGGUAUAAAAGAGGGCCGAAAAGUGUUUUACUUACCGCCGACUGACGGCACUUACCAUCUGUUCGUUCCGGUGGCCACUCGUAUGACACGACCCGUUAUUGGACUCAAUUGGACCGAAGAGUGCCUUCAGUUGGGCUCAAUUCGAGAGACGGCUCAACACUUUCUGGACGUAAUCCAUAGCGAGUUUGUCAACCAAUUGGACGAC